UAUGAUGAGCAGAAACAGAUGGAUUGGAGGAACGUACUCAUCUUCCCAAGACACAACACCCAAUUGAGACCUAAAAUAGACGGAACUGAAUGAGCUGGAAAGGAUUUAAAAAGUCGGUGGUUCGCGCACCGCAAACAUUUCGUAGCAAAUUCAACAUUGGAGAGCAAACAAAAGAUCCAGUGUAUGAAGAUGCCGGACGACGCUUUAAGUCCUUGGAAACAGAAGCCAAAAAGCUUUCGGAUGAUUCGAAAAAAUAUACAGAAGCAAUUCGCGGCUUAUUGAAUCAUCAAGUUGGAUUCGCAGAUGCUUGCAUAGAAAUCUAUAAUCCUAUUAGCGGGCAAGCCUCUAAUCCAGAGUCGUAUCAUUUGGAAGGAAGUGAGGAAGGAGUUCAGGCAGCCGAGGCUUAUAAAGACGUUGUACACGAUUUGGAGUCGAGUUUAGCGUCUGAAUUGGAAGUGAUUCAAUCGCGCGUUGUUGAGCCCACAGGAGCAUUGCUUAAAAUUAUCCGAGAUGUGGAUAAGCUUCUCACGAAGCGUGAUCACAAACAGAUUGACUACGAUCGUCAUCGGUCUACCCUAAAGAAGCUACAGGAAAAGAAGGAUCGCUCUUUGAAGGAUGAAAAGCGUCUAUAUGAGGCCGAAACCUCCUUUGAUCAAGCAUCUCAGGAGUAUGAAUAUUAUAAUGAAAUGGUCAAAGAGGAGCUUCCCCGUCUUUUUGAGCUUGAACAAGAGUUUAUCGCUCCUCUCUUCCAAGCUCUUUAUUAUAUGCAGCUUAAUAUAUUUUGGAUCCUUUAUCAAAAAAUGAGCAACUGCAACAUUCCCUACUUUGACCUAAACACCGACAUUAUCACUGCGUACGAAAACAAGCGUGGUGAUGUCAGAGACCGUACAGAAGCUUUGACCAUUACUCGGUUCAAGACAGCAAAACCUAUUCACAAGAUUUCUGGUAAUUCUACUGGUCAUUCUUUCCACUCGUCGCCCUCUUCAUCUUCCUCCUUUUCCAACAAGCAUGAAGAAGCCGCUCUGGAUGUUUCUUCUUCCACUGCAAAUGGUGAGUCCUCAACCUCAGAAGUCCCCCCUCCUUAUACUUCUCUUGGCACCCAUCCCUCUACUGCAGCUGCUGCAAAUGCCCCAGAAAAGUCUUCCUAUCCUUACGCAGAGUCUGCAAUUCCAGUUGCCGCAGCUCCCCCUGCCCCACCAACAAAGCCUAAACCCGCUAUGCCAUCAGCAGAAUAUGUCACUGCUUUGUAUGAUUAUACAGCUCAGGCUGCGGGUGAUUUGUCUUUCCGCGUAGGUGAUCGCAUUGAGAUUGUCUCAAGGUCUAAUAAUCAAAAUGAAUGGUGGAUUGGCCGUGUACACGGAUACGAAGGUCAGUUUCCGGGUAAUUAUGUUCAAUUAGAUCAAAUAUCCUAAAUAAUUUUGACGAUGCAUUCUUUUUGUUAAUAUUUUCUUUCUAUUUUUUGUUACGUGGCUCUGCUACAUACGAAAAUGGGCGAAACGAUCAUGCGCAAGUAGAAUACUUUCCAUUAUGUACUUUUGUUCCAAUCUUUCUUUUGCAUCGUUUGCAUAAUCUGAAGCUAAGAAAGAUAUACUUGUUUCGUAUUUUUGCCUGAAUGUUCAGUUGGAAUGGAUAAUUAUUUAUCUUGAAAGUUUUGAAAAUGACAUUAUCGAAUAUGCCCUAAUAUAUGCGCCGUUUGUUUACGAAGUUGUCGAACUUAUUAUUGCCUCUGAGAAUUAUGAAUUGCGCCUACAAGUUUUCAGUAUUCAUUUUCUUAGUUUGCAAGUACUACUUCCGUCUUUUUGUCUAAUCUUGAAUAAUUAGCUAAUGGAAAGAGUCUGCAUGCAUUCCUUUAGCUGCUGUACUCUCUACAUGAACGGGACCGUAUUGAUUAAAUAACGAACAAUAAAUGGUCUUAAGCUUUUUUUAAAAAUGCAAUCAACAUCCU